AGGGUUAGCGUGUACAUUCGGUUUGUUGACAAUAAUAUGCAAGUAGUGUUUUAAAAUAGUGCAUAGAAGUUUCAUUUAUCUCCGGAAAAUUGCUAGUUUUAUGGGUCUAAAUGGUUUAAACGCCACAGUUAGUUAACAUUUUGUCUCCGUUUGUACACUGCACCAGGAAUCUGCCAUGGCAUAUCAAACGCUACGCCAGGAAUAUUUCCAAAUUCCGAUUGUUACCCGGGCGUACACGACGGCAUGUGUAAUCACAACAUUAUCCGUGCAUUUAGAGAUCGUGACACCGUUUCAACUCUACUUCAACCCAACGUUAAUCCUUAAACACUAUCAACUAUGGCGGUUAGGAACCACAUUCUUAUUUUUCGGAACGUUUGGGUUCAAUUUUCUGUUCAACAUGAUAUUCACAUACAGGUAUUGCCGAAUGCUAGAAGAGGGGUCUUUCCGCGGAAGAAGUGCGGAUUUCAUCAUGAUGUUCCUGUUCGGGGGAUUUCUGAUGAUUAUUUUUGCGUUUUUUGUUAAUCUUCUGUUUCUUGGGCAAGCGUUUACUAUAAUGUUGGUGUACGUGUGGUCUCGUAGGAAUCCGUUCAUUCGAAUGAACUUUUUCGGAAUACUUAACUUUCAGGCGCCAUAUCUGCCGUGGGUGUUAUUGGGAUUUUCGGUGCUUAUCGGUAACACCAUUUGGGUAGAUUUGAUGGGAAUAGUCGUAGGACACAUCUAUUACUUCCUGGAGGAUGUAUUUCCGGAUCAAAUCAAUGGCUUCCACGUUCUGAAGACUCCUCAGUUCCUUAAAAACAUUUUUGACGAGCCGAUUGAAGAUGCAGACUAUACUGCAUUGCCAGAGGAUCGACCUGGUGGAUUCAACUGGGGCCGGGAAGAGGCUAACAAUGCAAACGAAGCACAAAACAAUGAGCGGCGGAAUGAUAACUAAUGGCACAUUGUUAUUUUUUAAUGAGUACAGUUUAAAGAA